GAACUACAUUACACUGCACUCUCUAAUAUAUGUGUGCGCGUGUAUACAUGUACACGUAUAUUUACAUGAAUUGCGUGUGGUCUGUGGAUCAUACCUGUUGUGUACGAUUUGACAAACGAGCCGGAUACAAAUUAAGUGACGGGCAGAAGAACACGGUGCCGAAGACAGACGGAAAACAGACGGACAAGCAGCCACAGCAGGCGGCGGCCACGACGGUCGCACGUCCCUUCGUUGCACCGCCAACACCGUCACAACAGCUACCACCGCCGCCGCGGAACUCGACGAACGUGACGGCCGUGGUCGGACUGGCCGCAGCCGCAGCCGGAGCCGUCGCCCAGACCGCGCCCACUCCGCUGGACCCGUCGAACGUGACGCACAGCAGUGCGCUGGACGAUGCGCAGCUCCAGCGGACUCUACUCAAACCGAAAUUCUUGACGGAAAACUCGUCCACCGUGGUCGCGCAGACCGGCGUGGCCAGCCGGAUAUCCUGCCUGGUGGCCAACCUGGGCGACUGCGUGGUUUCCUGGAUUCGCAGACGUGACUACCGACUACUCACCGUCGGACUAUCUACAUACACGGAAGAUUUGCGGUUCCAAUCGCUUCACCACGUUCAGACCGGGGACUGGACACUACAGAUAAAAUACGUUCAGCUGCGAGACGCCGGUCUGUAUGAGUGUCAGAUAUCAUCACAUCCGCCGAAAAGCAUUUUUAUCAAUUUAAAAGUUGUCGAGGCGCAAGCCGAGAUAGCUGGUGCUUCCGAGAAGUAUCUGAUGCUUAACAGUCCUUUGCACUUGGAAUGCGUGGUCCGGCAGAGUCCCGUCGAUCCGGUGUACAUAUUCUGGUACCACGACAGCCGGAUGAUCAACUACGAUAUCGACCGGGGCGUGAACGUCACGUCCAACCUGCCCAACAAGCACAGCGCGCUGUACAUCGAACGCGCGUCGCGUGCCCACUCCGGCAACUACACCUGCGCGCCGAGCAACGCGUUUCCUGCCAAUACUGUCAUACACAUACUCAACGGUGAGAACCCGGCAGCUAUGCAACACGGACACGGACGAAGUUUGAACAUGCUGAGCUGUCCAUCCAUAUGGAUACUCAUACCGUCCUUGGUCAUGUUCAUAAAUUUUAACACAAAUUGAGAGCGUUUAAAAUCACGAAAUUGUGUUAAGUGAACGGCGCUAAUAUAUAUACACCCACACAAAUACACUCGUACGCACUCACACACACACACACACACACACACACACACACACACACACACACACACACACACACACACACACACACACAC